AUGCCGCGCAAAGGGCGAGGCAAAGGCAAAGCGCCCGGCAAGAGGACGCCAACAAGGAGGGAAGGCGAACUUGGGGAGCAGAGCAGCGACGGCUCAGAUGACGGCGAUAGCGAGGUUGAGGCAAGGGCGCGGCUGGUGCUUUUCGAGUUCGGGCAGAACGACCCGAAGAUGGACAGCGGUGUGCGCCUGUGCCGAUUCGGCUUGGCGAAGAGCCUGCGGCCACAGGCCGGCUUCCAGGGCAUUGUCCUCAGCACCCAGACACAGGUGCCGGUGUCGGCGGAGGACCGCGGCAUCAUUGAGUCGGCGGGCCUUGCGGGGGUGAACUGCAGCUGGAACCGCAUCUCCGAGAUCCCCUGGGGGAAGCUGCCGCGGCAAAGCCAGCACCGGAUUUUGCCGUUCCUGGUGGCGGCCAAUUCCGUGAACUACGGCCGACCCAACAAGCUGAACACGGCGGAGGCGAUGGCGGCGGCGCUGAUCAUUGUGGGCUUGCGGGCGGAUGCUCAGCGGCUAUUGGAUGCCUUCAACUGGGGCGAGGAGUUCCUACGCCUGAACGCGGAGGCGUUUGAGGCCUACAGCGCUGCCAGCAACGCAGCGGCCCUCCGCCGUGCAGAGGCGCAGCUGCUGGCGCGCUGGCAGGAGGAAGCGCGCCUCCGGCGUGCCGAGGGGAUGGACCUUCCACCCGAUGAUGAAGAGUCAGAGUCAGAGGAGCAGUCGGAGGCCGAGCAAGAAGCUGCUAGCUUGGGGCCUGAGGCUGUCAGGUUGCCAUCGGAAGAGGCCAUCGCUUUGGACGAGGCCAAGGUCGAGCCUGCACCGAAACAAGGCGAGCACCAGGAGCUCAAGGAGAGGCCGCUUUCCGCGCCGGAGCAGCCUGAGCCGCGGUGUCGCGUCCCGGUAAAGGAAGAGGUGCCUGGAUCAGAAGCUCAUGAAGGCCCGGUUGCAAAGACUGCGGCUGAGUUGACCGUCGCCCAGGAGCCUGUGUUGAGCAAGGACGCGCCACUGCCGGCCGACCAGAAGGCUGCGCUGCAACUGCUGCAGAGUGUGGCUUCCGCCGAGUUCUUGCGCGAUGCGGGCCUCGCUGGCCUGAGCGGGAACAAGCUGCAGAAGUUGAAGCGCUCCGAGUACGAGGUCCUUUGGCGGCGCUUUUGCUCCUCGGAGCCACAGCUCAGCCCAGAGGCGUGUAAGAAGCUGCAAGGCUUGUCUCCGGGCAAGACGCAACCCCGGCAUGCCUGA